UCCAGUUUCUCUGGAACCAAUAUUUGUUUCAAUGCUUUGUCAUUCCUGUACUCAAUGGCAUCGGAAUGGACUACAGGGUUCUUUCCUUCGCUCAAAUAUAAACUGCCAACAAGCCUAGCGGCAUGACUUGAGGUUCAAUCGUCAUCUGCAUACAAGUAAUUUUCCAUUCGUCGAUCUUGCCUAGUGCGCAUCCAGGUGGAGUUAUAGAUAACUAGCACAUUGCCGAACGAACCUGUCAGCCCUCCUCCGGUUCUCGUCUUCCUAUACCUUCUUCAUUCUUUGUUAUAUCACAAACGGCACGGCUUGGUCCCAGACGAGGUCGGCUAAGACAUUCGUUGCCUGCCUCGGCAAUAAUGGAUCAGGACCAGCACCCGUUCGACGAAGCGGGAGGCGGCCCGGAACUGGUCAACGAGAAGAAGCAAAAUGAUGUAGUAAAUGAAGGAUCUCUACAUACGACCGAUUCGGUGGAUGAGGCAAAGGAGGCCCGUGCAAUCGAAAAGACGAACGCCAUCCGCCGCGCAUGCGACUUGCGUGACUUCGACGCAUUAGUUUCCUAUGCUAUUUCUGAAGGUGGCUUCUUGAAUGACGAAGUCAGAAGAGUGGCUUGGCCUAUUCUCCUUCAGUGUGAUCGAAGGGAGUCGAGUCACGACUUCUCGGGGUGGGAAGACCUGUCACCCCAUGUAGAUGAGGAGCAGAUUCAGCUGGAUGUCAACCGGUCCUUUGUGUACUAUCCUGACUGUUCUAGUGAAGAGCUUUCGGCGAAAAAGGAUGAGUUGUCACAACUAAUCAAGCGAGUCCUGCGGAAAUAUCCCAUGCUAUGCUACUUCCAAGGGUACCAUGAUAUCGUGCAAGUACUACUACUUGUGCUUGGCAGCCACGAAGCUGCUCCUGCUGUUGCGCAGAUCUCCUUAUUACGGAUCCGCGACUACAUGCUUCCAACUCUCUCUCCUGCAUUAAAACACCUACAACUACUGCCCGCGAUUAUCGAGAGAGCCGACUCUCCGCUACGGCAUCACCUUGCCGAGAUCCAGCCCUUCUUUGCCCUUGCGGCCACUCUGACAUUGUAUGCCCAUGACAUCCAAGAGUAUAGCGACAUUGCCCGCCUGUUCGAUUUUCUGCUCGCCGAAGAACCAGUAGUACCGGUCUAUCUCUUCGCCGCGAUCAUUCUCUCCCGGAAGAAAGAGCUGCUCGAGAUACCCGAAGAGGAGCCAGAGAUGCUGCAUUUCACAUUGUCCAAGCUACCUAAUCCGCUAGACCUCGACGGUCUGAUUCUCUCUGCAGUGCGCCUCUUCAAAGACUAUCCGCCCGAGUCGUUGCCAUAUGGGGCCUGGAACCAGAUACCAUCGUGCAGUGCGCUCAAGUCAUCUCGGGGUCUGGAGCAGACGCAUAGCAAAGAGGAGGCUCUGAAGCUCUUCAGGAAGCAGGUACGGCAGCUGCGCUACGAGGAGUUCAGGGACAAAGCAGUUACUUUCCUGUGGGAUCACAGAAGGACAAUCGGCUCGGUGGCUGUCACCGUCUUCAUCGGGGCGAUGUCGAUCUAUAUAAGAUGCAAGGGGCUCGACAGUACAAUCUGGUCGUAUCUAGGCCGACUGAAAUCGGCCCUGCAAUAUCGCGGCUACCUGUAGUCCUUCGAUACCAUUCCGACCCAUGUGAACAUGUUCCAGAAAAAGAUCAAUGUCUCGAGGGUAUUUAUGUAUUGAGAAGUGCAUUGGCAGACCAC